AAGAGAGAGAGAGCUAGACAUGGCUUUCAGGUGGCUUCUCCAUUCUGCAUGCCAUGUCAUUGGGUCGCCGAAGGACACUACUAAGCUGCACACAAAUGAAGAACAACAUGUCAUCAGUAGCUUGAAGGCCUCUAACAAUGGAGGAUUGGAAAAACACCCUUCAAAUUCAGGAUUCCAAAUGCCUCUUCACUACCCUCGCUACAAGAAGUCAGACUACGAGAAGAUGGAGGAGUGGAAGGUGGAGCUUCUUCUCAAGCAAUACGGGCUGAGCUUUGAGGGCACUCUUGAUGAAAAGAGGGCAUAUGCAAUGGGGGCAUUCCUGUGGCCUGAUCAAUAUUAAUUAUUUACGAACUUCAUGCAACCAAUCUCCAUGUAAUAAUAUUGGUUUCUUGUUAAUUUGGUUUGUGAUAUGUGAAAAUAGUUGUAAGCUAGAAUAAACGACAACCUUAAUUAAGCAUAUGUAUUCACUAUAGUCUUUAUAUAUAGUUUUAUCUUUUCUUUC